AUGGGUUUCCUGGUGCUUCCGAAGGUAACAGCCGAUCUCCCCACGGCUAACAUCGACAUCUCCGGCUGGACCAUACCGAAAGGAAUCGAACUUGCUGAUCCGUCGUUCUGCGUUUCGUCAGGAAUCAUUAGUGGAGGAUUCGACGAAGGACUUCAAGGCUUGCAGAUCAACUGUAAUGUCUCUACUUCGGAUCGUUUGGAGGAUCUACUCACCCGGUUCUGGUCCAUGGAGGAGGUGGAUUCUACAAACUAUUCUCCUGAAGAAACUCGCUGUGAAGCUAUCUUUUCGAGUACUGUACAGCGAGGGGCGGACGGUCGCUAUACCGUAGCACUUCCCAAGGAAGAAAACGUCAUAUCUCGGUUGGGCGAAUCUAAGGAGAUCGCAUUCCGACGUUUUCUAGGCACCGAACGGAGGCUUACAAGGGACGCAAACCUUCGGAAACAAUACGUCGACUUCAUGGAGGAAUAUCUGCAGUUAGGUCACAUGCGGAGAGUCGAAGAGGAUCAUGAACCCACCAAGCGGUGUUUCCUACCUCAUCAUCCGGUGGUCAAGGAGGCCAGCACCACCACCAAGGUCCGCGUGGUGUUUGACGCAUCCUGCAAAACGGCUUCAGGAUUGUCGUUGAACGAUGCGUUGCUGGUAGGGCCUGUGAUUCAACAGGAUCUCCGCUCCAUUAUCCUUCGCUGCUGUACUAAGCAGAUUAUGUUGGUGGCUGACGUAGAAAAGAUGUUUCGGCAGAUUUUCAUCCAUCCAGAGGAUAGGCCAUUCCAAUCGAUUCUCUGGCGUUCAUCUCCGGUGGAGGAGAUAGGUGUGUAUGAGCUGAAUACGGUUACCUAUGGAACCAAACCGGCUCCGUUCUUGGCAACUCGUACACUGAACCAAUUAGCCAUGGACGAAGGAGAAAGAUUCCCGCUGGCAGUGAAAGCGAUUACAGAAGACACGUACAUGGACGAUGUCAUCACAGGCUGCAAUAACUUGGAAGAGGCCAGGAAAUUGCAAAAUCAACUGGACGAAAUGACAAGCAGUGGAGGUUUUCGGCUCAGGAAAUGGUCAUCCAACCGUGCAGAGGUCCUGCACGGUAUUUCCGAUGACAAUUUGGCGAUUCGUACGGCCGAUGGGAUCAAUCUCGAUCCUGAUCCGUCUGUCAAGGCUCUAGGUUUGACCUGGCUACCCGGAAGUGAUGUUUUCCGAUUCCAAUUCCAUAUUCCACCUGUCGAUCCCGAUGAAGUUCUUACGAAACGCAAGGUUUUGUCGAUCAUCGCUACGUUGUUCGAUCCGCUGGGAUUCAUCGGCGCUACAACGACAGCUGCAAAGGUAUUCAUGCAGCUUUUAUGGACUUUGGAGGAUGAGAAGGGCAAGAAGUUAGACUGGGAUCAACCGUUACCUUUGACGGUGGGUGAGUCCUGGAGAAAACUACAUGUCCAGUUACCGAUUCUCAACGAGAUUCGUAUAGAUCGUUGCGUAAUCCUUCCAAAUGCAAUCGAGGUGGAGCUACACUGCUUUUCGGAUGCGUCGAUGAAGGCAUAUGGGGCAUGCCUCUACGUCCGCAGUCUAGACGAGGCUGGAAAUGUAAGAGUUCAACUACUGUCGUCGAAAUCGAAGGUCGCUCCCCUGAAAACCCAAUCCAUACCGAGGUUGGAGCUCUCUGGUGCCUUGCUUUCUGCACAACUCUGCGAUAAGGUUCGCCAGGCUACCAAUCUUCAAGUUCAUACAACAUUCUGGGUGGAUUCUACGUGUGCUCUACGGUGGAUCCAGGCUACUCCAUCGACGUGGUCAGUAUUCGUGGCAAACAGAGUAGCGAAAAUCCAAGCGAUCACGGAAGGUUGCGAGUGGAGACACGUGGCAGGGACAGACAAUCCGGCUGACUUGGUUUCGAGGGGAAUAGGACCGAAAGAGCUCAUCAACAACGAUUUCUGGUGGCGCGGGCCAUGCUGGUUAACCGAAGCACGGAACAACUGGCCAACCUCAGAACUAGCCCCGUUAGAGGAAGGCGAGGAAGAAAGGAGGCGCACAGCAGUUGUCGUGACUGCAACAUCGGCAGUUGCAGAUUUCAACGAAAGAUUUCUCUCCACGUCGAAUUCCUACACGACGUUGAUUCGUCGUGCCGCCAUUUGGCAACGGUUGAUACGAUCACUUCAGGUACCAGAGAAUCGUCCGAAAGGAUUUUUGAAAGCAGAGGAAUUGCGGAAGGCAGAGUUUGUGCUGAUUCGAAAGGUGCAGGAAGAAGUGUUCCCGGAUGAACUUCGAGCCAUCCGCAAGAAGGAACCUGGAAAACAAUGGGAUCUACCGUUUGCCGCAGGAAAUGCCAUCUAUGGGGCCCUCCGAGAGCUGCAUCAGCAUCAGGAACAUUACUCAAUGCCAUCGGCAAUUGGAAGUCUAGUGACAUGCGACGGCGACGACGACGAUAAGGACGAAGAGGAUGGUGUGAGGGUUGAAUCCGAAGAGGGUAUCGAUUAA